AUGCUCAAGCUAUACUUAUCGGCGUAUAACGCCAUCUCCGCCAUUGCCUGGGCGGCAAUUCUCGGCCAGACUUUCCUUGACGUGCUUCCUGGCGGAUUCUACGAGACCCAUGCUUACACGGAUUAUCCACAUAAACUUCUUGUCCAUGUCCAGGUGGUCAAUGCCGUCUUCGAGAUCACCCAUGCGCUUACAGGUCUUGUGCCGUCACCCCUUUCGUCGUUAUUGCUUCAGUUUUUCGCUAGACUUAUCAUCACGGUGGGUAUUUCUUGGUACGUUCCCGAGUCAGCAGGAAACUUUUCUCUUCCAGGAUACGUGGCGCUUUCUGUGGCCUGGUCUGUGACUGAGGUCAUUAGAUACAGCUUUUACUUUGCCAAGCAACAAGGGCAGCCCUGGGUGGUGCACUUAACCUUGGAUUACGUGCUGGGCUUCUACUACUGGUUCUUGGCCUUGGGAAUGUUUUUGUACAUCCCUGGGUUCGUGAAGUUGUACACUUAUAUGUUGGUGCAGCGGAGGAAGAACCUCGGUGUGAAGAAGGUCGAGUAG